GUGAGCCAAAUCCCAGUAGGAGUAACAGCGGAGCUGUUGUUGUCCCAACUAUUAAACGUAAAGAUUGAAAAUCCGGCAAUAAAUUCUCUCCCCCGAGCCAAUCAUAUAAUGCCACGCAAUCAAUUGUCUUUUUUUACCUUCCAAUUUCCCAGCGAAUUCUCUCUCUUCUUCUGCUUCUUCUUUUUUCAAGCAAAAAAGAAUAAAAGAGAAAGACAGUGAAAAACCGUGUUUUUUUUUAUACUGUUAAUCAAUCAAUUAUGGUUAAGUUUGAAAUUACGACAUCGAAUACACCCAAUUACACGUCUUCGUCUUAACGUCUCUAAAGUAAUACUACAUAUAUAUUUAUACACAGUCCAGCCUUUUUCUCUAGAAGCCCUUAGGAGGAAGGAAGGAAGCUCUCUUUCCUUUCAUCGCUUCUAAAAUCCUUACCAUAUUUCUUCCCGAGGUUAUCUGGUGGCUUUUUCCAUUUUAUACUUCACAGCUUCAACAAUGCAAUCCCUUUGAUCUUUGUUCUCUGUCUUUUUUUUUUUUUAAUCUUCAUAUACUUUUUAUUCCCCUGAAGCCAUCGGAAAGAAGAAAACCGUAGAAAAAAACUAAGAAGAAGAUGGAUUCUUCUUGUUAUGUUAAAGUGGGUAUUGUUUGGUUGACGAUACUUUUUUGUAUGCCUUGGAUGUCUUUUGGGAUUCGUUACUUCCCCAGUAAUGCCGGUGGGAUUGCAGAACCGGAGUUUGGAUUUGCAGAGGCACCUGACUACCGGAACGGCGUGAGCUGCCCGGCGACGAGCGAUGCAAUGACGUUUUGUGAUCCUUCAUUGGUUCAUAUUGCUAUGACGCUGGACUCGGAGUACCUUCGUGGGUCAAUAGCGGCGGUCCACUCUGUUCUCCGGCACGCGUCUUGCCCGGAACACGUUUUCUUCCACUUCGUCGCCGCCGAGUUUGACCCGGCCAGCCCCCGUGUCCUGAACCGGAUUGUCCGGUCCGCAUUCCCUUCUUUGAAUUUCAAAAUCUAUGUGUUUAGGGAAGAUUCGGUGAUUAAUUUGAUUUCGUCUUCGAUCCGGCAAGCGCUUGAGAACCCAUUAAAUUACGCCCGUAAUUAUCUGGGUGACAUGCUCGACCCGUGUGUAAAGCGCGUCAUCUAUUUGGAUUCGGAUGUGGUUUUAGUGGACGAUGUGAAGAAGCUGUGGGAUGUCCAACUGGGCGAAAACCGAGUCAUCGGAGCCCCGGAAUAUUGCCACGCCAAUUUCACCAAAUACUUCACGGAUUACUUCUGGUCCGACCCGGUGAUGUCCAAAGUAUUCGAAUCAAAAACCCCGUGUUACUUUAACACGGGCGUAAUGGUGAUGGAUUUGGGGAAAUGGAGAGAAGGGAAUUACCGGAUGCAAAUACAGAAUUGGAUGGAAGUCCAGAAACGGAAACGGAUUUACGAGCUGGGGUCACUGCCACCGUUCCUGCUGGUGUUUGGCGGUAACGUGGAGCCCAUUGACCACCGGUGGAACCAGCAUGGGCUUGGUGGAGACAACGUUAAGGGCUCUUGCCGGGCCCUACACCCUGGUCCAGUAAGCCUGCUUCACUGGUCUGGUAAGGGCAAACCAUGGGUUAGGCUCGACGAGAAUAACCCAUGUCCCUUGGAUUAUCUCUGGGAGCCUUACGAUUUGUACAAGCUCAAGCCUAAUCAUCGUCAUCGUCAUCAACAACAUGGUAGCAGCGACAGCAGAUUGAGGUUACCUCAAAAUCAGCAACAAUGGCCUUUCCUGGUGGCAGUUUAAAUUAGUUCACGAAUUUUUUUUCUUUUUUUUUUUUACCCUUUUUAAUUUUUUUUUUCUUUUUUUGAAUGGUGAGUAAUAUUCUUUAUUAGCGGUGUACAGAUUCAAUUAUUUAGAAACAAAACAUUGGUUGGGUUCGGAGAAAUUGAAUUGGUAAAUUGGUGGUGAGGAUUUUACAGACGAAAAAAAGUGUUCUUUAAUUUUCUUUUUUAGUUAGUUGUAUACUACCUUUUCUUCCCCUAUAAUUCGUUGAUACUUUCACGGGAUUCCGGCUUUCCGGAACAAAAUUUUGUUUUAAAUUGAUUGUUGUACUUUGUAUCUUUUUACGGCUGCCGGCGGGGUGUUGAUAAUGAACAAAUUACAAUUUUGACACACUGAUUCAACUUUCAGUAUGGGUCAUUUUCUAUCCCCUCCUCCCCCCCAACUUUUCGUGUUUGUAUUUGCUUGGCGAUUUGUAUUUGUGGCCGCUUGGCACUUUCUUG